UCUAAUGUCUUUCUCUUAUUUCACGUUUUACUUCAAAUCCGUUUCCCAAACCGUAAAUAUCGUUCAUGUUUUAAUUAAAAAAAAAAAAAAAUUAAAUAGUAUAAAAAAAAACGUGACGUGAGUAGAUUACACCUUUUGCGGCUUAAAUAUAUAUUUGCAUUUCAUACCAGCUCAAGAGUUAGUUCGGUCGCGGCCCGUUGCUAACCACUGCCCAAUGAUCACUCGGUUAGGCACGUAAGGUGAAUUCUCGCCAUUCCCGGUUUCUAGACGCGAAUCAAAUGGCCAUCGAUCAGAAACGGACGCUCAUCGAGAAAUACGGUAUCCCCUUGAACCAUAUCGAUUUCGAUUAUGUGAACAAGUGCGAAGAUCCUAAAAUUUUGAAAGGCAUCAUUAAAAUUCUGGAAUCUGGAGAAGAAGGAGUUUUUCCACAAUUGUUGAGAGCAACUGAAAUCCGUCUACGCGAAAUUAAACCAGAUGCUUCAAUAUUGAAUAGAAAACUAUGCUUUGCACAAAAAUCUUCUGAUAUACUCCCGAAUGAAGAAAAUUACGAUAUACUUGAUGAUAUAACUAAAUGGAUAGUAAAAUCGAACAAACAAGAAAAAGAUCUUCAACUUGGAAAACUAAACACUGAAAGUCUCAUGAAUGGUCAUAGUGAUCAACCAGUUCGAAAGUCCAUUGAUUUAACAUCUAUGUUUAAUAGUGAAAAGCCAGAGCAAGAACUAUCAAUGCCUAAAGUGUCUCGUGUACAUAAUGAACCAUUAAAAGUUUCUUAUUCCAAAUGGGAUAAAUAUGAUCCUGAUGUUGAAAUAAUGAAAUUGGACAACCAAGAAAAGAUUGAAAAAUUACAAACAAUUAAAAAAAAAAUUAUUAAUUCUAAUUCCUUAUCGUUUGGAAUGAAUGGUACAUCAAAUUGUAAUGAUCGGGUCGAAUCUAUGAAGAGUUAUGUAAACACAAUGUCUAUGAAUGGUAUUUUAGAACCGCAAGAAGUAGCUAUACGAGAAAAAGAACUAGGAAACGAAUGUUUUAAAUCAAAUGAUUACGAAGGAGCUCUUCUUCAUUAUAAUACAAGUAUAAGUAUUUAUUCAACACUAGAAGCAAAAAACAAUAGAGCUAUGUCAUAUUUAAAAUUAAAGAAAUAUGAACAAGCAUUGGAUGAUUUAAGAGAAAUAAUUGAAAAAGAUCCAAGAAAUGUAAAAGCACAUUUUCGUAGAGGUUCAUGUUUUAAAGAAAUUUCUAUGUACUGCUUGGCAUUAAGAUCUUUUGAGACCACGUUAAAAUAUGAUUGUAACAACUCAAAAGCUCUUAAUUAUAUAAAAGAAUUAAAAAAUAUAAUAUCAAAUUUACCACCACAAAAACUUAUUAGAGUUCGUGAAAUAACUCGACACUAUGAUCAAUCUGUUUGGGAUAUAGAAGAACCUUUUCGUGUAUCUCAUGGAGAACUUUCAGAGUUAAACAAAGAGAAUGUUGAAUAUCUGUAUGAAGCUGAUCCUUAUGGUUGCUUAACAGAAUGUGUUUGUCAUUUGUGUCCUUGGCAUGAGUGGCAAGAGCGUAAGAAAAAAUGGAUUCGUCACAAAAUGUUAAAAAAUGAAGGAACAAGGAAACGUUGGCAAUUUUUAGUACCUGAUAUUGUGCCUGAAUCUAUAUCAAAGUCUAGUAUUCCAGAAUUUAAAAAACCAAAAAGAUUAAAUAUUACUGAUAUAAAUUCUGCUAAAACAAAUGGCCAUCAUGAAAAUUCAACGAAUAUUAAUCAUAAUAGAGUUAAUGGAACUGAUAAAUCACCUUGUAAAAAUUAUGAAAGUGAAGAAUUAAGUUUGAAAACUGUGUCAAGUGUUCAUGAAUUUUUGAUAAGUUGGAAAUCGGUCAGACAAAAAAACAAUUAUGAAUUAUACAAUAAAUUUUUACGGAGUAUUAAACCAAAAGAUUUACCCAAAGUUAUUAGUACAAAUUUGGAAGAAGAAAUUAUGUCAAAGUUUUUGAAAACUUUAAGUCAAAAUUUUGAUCCUGAUAGUGAAUUAGAUCUUAUUAUAGAAUACUUAAGAGCCAUGACCAAAGUUAAACGAUUCAAUAUCAUUGCCAAGAUGUUGGAUAACAAAGUCAAGGAAGAUGUCCAACCCUUGCUAAAACAUAUUUAUCAUCAUACACAAGACAAUAUAUUUUUGGCAUUUUUAUAAGUAUAACUUAGUUUUGAUGGAUGAGUUACUCGAGUUAGGUCAUUAAUAUUGAGAAAAAGUAUUAGUUUUCCUUUUUUUAGUAACAUCAAUAAUGUUUUUUUAUUGCAUUCAAUGCUUCUCUCUAUAUGAUGUCCAAGAAUAAAAAAGAAAAGAAAUGAAA